UGGGAAUGGAGGUCACAGAGGUCGUGAGAGGUCAUCUGAGGAGCCAUUCAGCCAAUCAGUAGCCGAAUCGGGCAUCAUGUGACUGUCGCAGCCAAUGAGAGUGGAGGACGAAGGCUGCACGGCCUCUUCUGAUUCUGGACGCCAUUGUUUCUGUUACUAUCUGUUACUCGCAGUGAAAAUCCAGGCUAAUCCUUGAGUGCUAGAUUUCUACAUCACUUUGCAAUCUGCAAUACAGUAUACAUCUGGACCAAUUUCGGUUUGGAAUUUCGUCAAGGGCAUCCCUUACUUUUUAACACGUCAUGGAGGGCAGCCCUCCUUUCAGGGAUCUGGACGCGUUGUCAGAUCCGGAUAUUGAGUUGGAGCCAGGAGAUCUGGAUAGUCCCCAGAAACGUCCAGCACGUGGGGGUUUCGAGCACUCCCCUAAAUCAUUGGGUCGAAUAGUCCCCAAUGUUUCUCCUUCAGGCCAGGUUAAUCCGGCCUACUCUCCAAAGGGUCCAGAUUUUUCAGAGAUAGUCCAAUCAAGCCCUGGGUUAGAAGCUACACUGCAGAGGGGGCUCAGAUUGAGUCCUAGCUCUUCAGGGUCACGGUCAUCGAUAUCAUCAGGUUACCUACUGGGGCGCGAUGAUUCCUGGGAAACUGUGGUUGCAAAAGGGGAUAAUGCUGAUUCUGAGUCCAUGGGUUCCUAUCCUAGCACCUGUCAGGGGUACCCUGACCAAACAUCGCCCUCGGUAAAACCUGUCCUACAAGUCACCCCGUCAGGGGUAAGGGUCACCCCAGUUGGGCGAGGAAUUCACCCACUUCUUAGUAGUAUUGAAAUAGAACGGGUGGGGAAAAGGCCUCGGACAUCCCCAGAUUCUGACCCUCGACCAGGUAAAUCAGUGAAUUGGAAUCAUUCCGAGGAGCCAUGGGGUGGGGCUAAACCAAAGACGUCUGGGGAGGUUAUUCAGCUCAGUCACGAGCCAUCUAGUGAUCGCCCUCAGAGGCAGAGAAAUUCAUCUGCCCCUAGGGUUUGCCCUGUAGUUGGGUGUGGGGGUAUGUGGUCGGAUGUGCUGGCCCAUGUAAGAAAAGCACAUUUUCCGGGGCAGUUUCGGACAGGGGGCACGCACCCUACCAUUCUUAGGCAAAGGGCAUGUCUUAUUCAGUGGCUGGCACAACAUGUAAGAGGGGGGGAUGGGUCCCUUAGCACUCUUACUAUGUUACUGAAAGGACGGAUACCGUUCACUGAAUAUGGAUUGGUUGGCAGCCAGGUAGAGGCUUUAAGCAGAUUUGCAAGGGCUGUGGGUUGGCCACUGAUCUUGCCCCUUUCAAUCGAUCCCCUAAAUUCUGCCGUCAUGUUGGCCGACUGGAGGUGUCUAGUGGCGGCAAUAAAUCUGUUGCCAUCAUCCAUGAGGUUACAGUUCCAGGAGGGGGUCGCACUGAGGAGGAAUAGUUCGUCUGAUUUAGGGAGUGGGAUUUCGGGCCAGGUAACACCUGGACGGAGUGAUAGUGUGUUGGGAACAACAGGGACCUCAGGUUUAGGUGCCCAAGGAUUAGGUCAACCCAAAUCAGGGAGUGGGGGCCGUAGGCGGGAAGGUAGAACGGGUGGUAAUGCUGGGGGCAUCAAUAGGACCCAAAGUUCUGGUGCACAGCAACCAUUCCCUGACCCCCGGGGUAGGGAUCGCAAAGUUCGAGUUUCGCCAGAUCCAGGGGUACAUAGGUCGGGUACUGUUCCAAGUACCAGUACACGGCCAUUACCGUUGCCUUUUGUAGAGGAGCCGGUGAAAGGGGGUUAUCUGGGCCGGGUCGUGGACUCACAUUACCACUACGACCGGCUGUGCAGGUUAUAUGGGGUGUCCACGGGGACCCAGCCCACUGUUUUGGCAGAAGCCAUGGGUAGGGCUACCCCAGCUGACCGGGUAGAGGUUCACGGGUCGGUAACCUCUUUCUGUGAUCCAGGAUUUUUCCCUUCCUUAACCCUGGUUGCAGACCUAAUGGACUUUAGGGUUGCCUCCACAGUGGGAGUGCACCCAAAGGUGGUCGUUGAAUUUGGAGGGGAAGAAAGAUUGACUUUAGAAUCCCUUUGGACUUCAGGUUAUCUUGCGGGGUAUGGGGAGAUAGGGCUCGAUAGAACCGUAUCCCCAUCUUAUUGGUUGGCCCAGGAGGAGUUGGUAAAGGACCUGUUGUCCCGUGUUCCUGCUAAGGGAGUUAUUGUUCUCCACGCCAGGGGCAUGGCCCAUGACUCUUUUAAUGAGGAACCUUGUAUGCGGCUGCUAGGUUUGUGCUCUGCCGCUGGGUUAAGUCACCAUAGGAGGAUCCAACUUCAUUGCUGGCAAGGGAGUCGACUUAUGGCUAUGAGUUGGCUUGACCGAUUCCCCAAUACUUACUUUAGUAUUAAUAAUGGGGUUCAACACUUUUCACAAGACCAGAGGGCUGGGUUGAAGUGCUUGCCGCCAAGCAGACUUCUGCUGGAGUCUGAUGGCCCGGCUUUUUCUCCACCAGGGUUUAGGGCAAAUGGCCCACAUCUUCUUGGGGUCACAGCAAGGCUGGUGGCCAGGGUUUUGGGGACAACCCCGGAAAGCCUUAUUGCACGGACCACUUCAAAUGCCGAGGAAUUGUUCUUCGGGUCCGAGUGAAACAGCCCAUAACUGUUGCUGGGUAUCCCAGGAUGGGUUGGGAGACUAGAGGUCAAUAUGGGUAUCCCAUGACCUUAACUUGUAACUAUCUAUUCUUUUUCCUCUGGAUGUUCCAGAAUUAAGGUUGUUUGUUUUGGAGGUCAGUGUGGGUAUCCCAUGACCUUAAAUUAAACUAUCUGUUCUUUUUUCUCUGGUUGUCCCAGAAUCAAUGUUGUUUCUUUUGGAGGUCAAUAUGGGUUUCCCAUGACCUUAACCUUUGUUUGUGGUAUUCAUGUUUACUCCCUAGUUAGGCUGGGGAUAACAAAUCUAGGUCAAACUGGGUUUCCCAUGACCUUGCCUUCUGAAUUUAGGGCAUAUGUGGUUUGCCAUUCUGGAAUUUUUAGGAAUAGGAAGUUUUUUGGGUACUCUGGGCAUCCCAGAGUGGUUGUGGUAAAAGAAGGUUAAUAUGGGUAUCCCAUGACCUUUAGUAGGGCGCCCUUUGUUCUCACCCACUUCCAACAGCCCGUAUGUCCUCUUAUUUUCCACCUUUGGGGACUGGGUUUUUAGAACGGGGGGGAGUGUAGUGGGAAUGGAGGUCACAGAGGUCGUGAGAGGUCAUCUGAGGAGCCAUUCAGCCAAUCAGUAGCCGAAUCGGGCAUCAUGUGACUGUCGCAGCCAAUGAGAGUGGAGGACGAAGGCUGCACGGCCUCUUCUGAUUCUGGACGCCAUUGUUUCUGUUACUAUCUGUUACUCGCAGUGAAAAUCCAGGCUAAUCCUUGGUAAGUAGGCUGCAAUUUGCAUUGUUAUUCUGCCAUUAGAGUCAGGAGCAUCUCCUGCCUCUAAUUGGAGUGUUCAUCCAACAUAGC